AUGGGACCACCCUCUAAACGACAACGCCGGUCCAACUCGACUGAGUGCUCAAGUGAUAAUAUCUGCCAGCCGGCAACACACCUCGAGAAAGACAGCUGGAAUGGAUUUUGCGAGAUUGAGUCGGAACCGGCCUUAUUCAAUGUGAUGCUUCGAGAAUUCGGCGUGAAAGGCGUCAAAGUUCAGGAAGUGGUAUCUCUCGAUGAAGAGUUGAUGGUUUUUUUAAACCAACCUAUCUACGGCCUGAUCUUCCUCUUCCGCUGGCGGGAGGACGAUGCCGAGAAGCAAGAAGCGUCAUGUCCGGAUGGACUUUGGUUUGCCAACCAGACGGCAAGCAACGCAUGUGCCAGUGUGGCCCUCCUGAAUAUCGUCAACAACAUUCCCGACGUUGACCUUGGAGAGAACCUGCAACAGUUCAAAGAGUUCACAAUGCCCUUUACCCCGGCACUCCGGGGCGAUGCAAUUAACAACUUCGAGUUUGUCAAGAGGGUACAUAAUUCGUUCGCACGGAAGAUGGACAUUUUGAACUCUGAUCUACAAUUGAAAGGAGAAGCUACCUCUUCAAAGCGUUCCCAGAAGCAGAUAUCCGGCGACGAGGAUGCCACAUUCCAUUUUAUCGCAUUUAUGCCGGCCAUGGGCCAGGUCUGGAAGUUAGAUGGGCUGGAACGACAGCCCCAAGCCAUCGGCGAGUGUUCUGGGGACGAGGAUUGGCUCGAGUUGGCAAGGCCCAACAUUCUCGAUCGAAUGGCUGCAUACGAGGAGGAACAGAUUGAAUUUUCGAUUUUGGGAUUAGUUCGAGACCCCCUUCCAGGUCUUAUCCAAGAGUUGGCAGUCAAUGUCCGAAGUCUCGAAGUCGUCAAUGAGCGCCUUAUGACCAGUGGCGUAACCGAUGCCGGGGCCGAUUCGAGCAUGGAGACGUCUCAGUCGCUUGAAGCACUGCAGGAAACAGUGCUCGACCCAGAGCCAUUCUUUGGACUCACACGAGCGAUGAUCGACGAAGCUGUCAUUCCAGAGGCAUUAUCGGAGGAAGGCUCACCGUCUUCCCUCAUAGAAAAGCGGGACGAACUCCGCAACGCGCAAACCGCGCUGCGCGGUCGGGUUCGCGAGGAGCAGGAGGCACAAGAUGCAGAUGACGACCAUGCGACCGGACGACGAUAUGACUAUGGACCAGCGAUACGUACAUGGUUACGCUGCUUGGCACGCAAGCAGGAGUUAGCAAAACUAUUGUCGUGA